CUUUUUCCCAAUCAGAGAAAACAACUCCGAAGUUUCUUCUUUCACCUCCAGCUAACAAACGCACCUUGUCAUUGAUCUCUGAUUGACAGCUCCAGAACGCUAAUAAUCUUUUUGUCCAAAACAUCAAAAUGACAAGAAGCUUUGUCUCAUCGGCGGCGUUUGUGCCAACAGGAACUGUUGCAAGACAAUCAAGUUCUUCAUCAAUUCCUGAAAACCUUCAUGGAUCCUUGUCUCAAGAUGGCAAACGAUUCCGACCGGAGCCGCUGGCAAUGAUAAUGCCCACUGGCUUUGAAGGAGAAUUGUUUGGACUGCUGAAAGACACACUCACUGCUGGUGCCACGGGUGGAGCGGGAGACGUGAUUGCUCAGCUUGCCGAUAAGAGCCGAAACAAUGACGAAGACGACAAGGACUUCUUCUUUUCUGAAGAGAAGGAACCCUUUGACCUGGAUGUUCGCCGAACCUUAUCGUAUGCUACCUUUGCAGCCGGCUACACUGGUGCCUUUCAACAUGUGGUAUUUGCCAAUCUGCAAGAGACAUUUUCGGAUCCUGUGAUUAAGCUGGCCUUGAACCAAGGUUUGAUCAUCCCUUUGUGCUACUACAGCCUGUUUGUUUUCUUGGUACCAAAACUCAGAGCCAGGUCGGCAGCCGAGGAAGAAACUUUGAGAAGCAGCAUUGAUGUUUUCGCAAUGAUUCCAAAGAACUGGCUCUUUUGGGUCCCUCUUCAGUUCAUUCAGUUCAACUACAUUCCAACAGAGUUCCAAGUUAUCUACUGUUCAUUCUUGGGGCUCAUUUGGAACAUUAUCUUGUCUUUCCUGACAUCAGGAGCAAAAGCCAAGACCGAGCCCCCACCCCUCCCCGAGACUGCUCUUAUCACUGCUGGAUCAGAGGCGAUCGAGCAACCUGCUGGCUUUGGGGGUAUUUUCCAGACAGCCCAACAAGCCGGUGGCUCCGAGAAUCAAAAGUAAAAGCACCCUACCACACUUAUGCAUGAGGUGUGAUUGCCUCUCCAGCCUUUGCUCCACGGGGAGUGGAAGCCCCCUUCCUAUCAAUGGUCAAAGUCUCCCACAAGGGCGUUUUGGCCAUCAACGUAUAGAAGCUGCAGCUAGCUAGAUACGCUGCCAAUUUAUUGUAUCCACGACACUGCGCCGCACUCGAUUUUUGCUCAUAAACAUUUUGCACUACAAAUAAAAAAUAUCAUGGUUCUAGAUACUUUCUAUCUAUCU